UGUUCAAACCUGUUACAUCUAAAUGUUACGAUAAAUCUCACUCCUCAUAUUGACAGAAGAGUGUUCUUUAGAUUUGGCGCGCUGUCAAAAACAAUCUGUGUAUUGGUAUCGUCCGUGAAGCUACGAUAGUUUUUUUUCAUAACUAAUUCUUAUUUCUUUAUAAUAUAUAAUAGUGUUUUAUGACAUUAUAUGCUGAAUAAAUAAUUUACAUAAAUUGAGUUAUAAUAUAUUACGCAUCCAAAUAUGCACGAUUUAAUAAGUGAUUUUGAAUCAGUUACUCCUGAUACUUGGUUACUAAAUGAAGAACUUUGGAAGGAAAAGCUAAUAAAAUUACCAAAUUGGUUUCAGAUACCACUCAUAAAUUCGAAUGCCUCGCACAAUUUGCCCGAUGGAACGCUUGUGCGAUUUCGCGGUAUGAUUCAAGAUAUGCACAACCCUGAAUUCUAUUUUGAAGAAUUCGAAGUUUACAAUACAAUUACAAAUGAAAUUAAAAAUAAAAGUGGGAAAUAUAGAGAUACUGCUCAUAUUUUAGAACAUGAAAAAAUAAACUACACAGAGAAUUUGAAAAGUGGUCAACGUCAAACCAUGGUGGUGGUAUCAAUACCGGGCUUUAACAACUGGGCGCAAGACAUUGAGGAUAAACAAAACCAUUUGAAACAUCUAGAACAACAUCCCAACACUUCUAAAAGACUGAGUCAAGCGGGUCCGAAAUUAAAACGGAGUUACGAUGAGGCCGAAGAAGAAUCGGAUGCUAUGGAGGUGGUGGAUAAUGAUGGUAAUAAAGAGCCUAGGACAGGUGAAAAUGAAAAUGUGUCAGCCAAUGUAGUAUCCAGAGAGCAUUUACUAAACUUCCCACUGCCUGAUAUGCCCAGCAAAUCUUGUAUUGUUAAGAUAUAUGAAGAAAGAGAAGAUCUGAAACUCAAUGAUAUGAUAGAGGUGAUAGGUUUCCUGUCAGUGGAUCCGGCAUUAUCUGGAGAGUUUCAGCCAGAGAAGGACCCUCUUCUGGAGCCACAGUUAGAAACAGAGAUAGAGAGCAUUACACAUAAUCCUCCACCAAGCUUAGUUCCGCGACUGCAUGCAGUUCAUGUCAAAAAAUUGGAACACUGCAAUCCACUUGUUAGAGAGAGUGUGGAUCAAGGUAUUAUUUUAAAAGAAGCAAACUUGGCCAGAGAACAUCUUCUAAAAGCCUUAACAGAGCUGUUACUGGGUGACAAACUAGCUGCUGAAUAUCUGAUCUGUCACCUCAUAGCUUGUGUAUAUCUUCGUCAGGAGACAAUGAAUCUGGGCCAGUUCUGUUUGAAUUUAUCUAAUCUUCCUAUACAAAAAUAUCCAGACUAUGCCAAGCAGUUGUAUGAUAUUAUCAAGCAAUUUGUCACAAAGAGUUACUAUUUACCUCUGACUAUAAAUAACAUGAACACACUGGCUUUGUUACCCAAAAAAGACUAUGACUGUAACAGACUCACAAGUGGUGUCCUGCAGUUAAGCAAAGACACACAUUUAAUUCUAGACGAAACAAAGAUGGAACAAGGAAGGUUGGAUGCAACUGGUGUUUCCAAUGUAACUGCUCUUGGCAAUUUGAUCAAAACACAGAAAGUGGAAUAUGAUUUCAAGUAUUAUAAGAUGGAUUUCAAUUCUGAUGUAUCUGUGUUGAUAUUAUCUGAGGGAAAAUCUCUGUUGCCAAGUGAUUAUCAUGUUCCGGUGAGGCCUGAAGAAUCAUCAUUAGAAAUAUUUGAUGCUAUAGUAGAAGCUGCCACUUAUUAUUUGAAGGAGGACGUUAUGAAUAUCAUAAGAGCAUACUUAACUAAUAUUAAGCUUGUGAAGUAUACAAUCAAUGAAGAUAUUAAGUUUGUAGAGGAUGAUUUUAUAGAAAUGAGAAGUAAGGCAAGCCCAGAAAAUCCUUUUACUGCAGAUGAUUUACACAGACUGCUUGUGUUAGCGAGAUUAGUGAGCCUAUCGCGCGGAUAUGAUUCCUUAAACAAGGAAUGUUGGGAGCUCACCAAGAAUAUGGAGAACGAAAGAUUACACAGAGUGAAGACCAGAACUGCAUCUACAUUUUAAUUUGUUUUACAAUAAAAUUGUUUUUUUUUA